AUGAAAGCCCUGGAGGAAAAGGAAAACCAUCAUCUUUCACAUGUUAGUGGAAUAGAUAGUUUGUCUAGAUCUCAGCUGAAAAAGGCUGACAUAUCUUUACUAGCAUUGUAUUAGGGGUCAAGAUAUUUUUAGACUGGUAAAACUACUUUGAGCAAUGAACUGUACAAAGAUAAACAGUCACAUAUGCUGGAUGAAGCUUUUGCGCAAACAAAAGAAAUUUAUACCAAAAUAGCAACCUGCCUUAAGGCAGAUGUACGACUUGUGAUUUAUUUGACACAGAAAUAAGGCGAGAGUCAUGCAGUAUAGCUUAACACAGUGCUAUUAACUCAUGUGGAAAUAAUCAUGCAAAUUUAUAUCUGAUUUUCAAACAAUAGACAAAAGAAAUCUUAUAUCCAUAAUUGAAGAAAAGUUCUAAUUUUUCUUUCACAGCAUCUCCUAAAAAUGGAUAGAUUACUUUAAAAAUACAACUUAUCUUGGCCCCAGAAGAGAUUUUAACACCUAUUUAACUACUUUCAGCUUUUUAUGUAUGAGAUUCACAAUAUCUUCUUAUUGUGAAGACCAUUAAUUUUGCAUCAACAUAUCGUCUCACACAACAGCUUUCAAUCACAACAUGUUUUCUCUGCCAUCCCUUAUAAGAUAUUGAGGUAAUCACAUUGAUAAAUAGUCCUUGGGAUAGUAACACAAUAAUAUCUAGGAAAAGCACAAAUGCAACCACGAUUCCCCUGCAAUAAAUACACCUACACUAACCUUUCAUGUGUCACAGUGGUCAGGAGAAGGUUGAAUGUAAUUCAAUAUGUUUUCAUUAUUGCAAGCAAAAGUGAUCACAAAUGAUCAUUUCCUUAUAAUGUUCCUUUUGAAUUUAAUACUGCAGUUGGCUGCUAUCAAGAUUUAUUUUCUAGGUUUUGUGAACAAUGAGAGACACACACCAUAUAUCUAUAAUUUAGAAAUUUGCAAUUAGAAUGAUCAGCUUUCCCCAAAUAAAUUACCAACUACGAUGAAGGACAAACAAUGGAUGAACCUCAUGUUGGAAAUACCCAAGACAUGUGCUUCACAACAACAAAUUCUAGAAUUAAAAAUAAUAUAACCAAUUACACUCCUCACAGGAAGGAAAUUCAGCAAAUUAUUAUUAGCAGAAAUAUUGGAAGCCAUUUAAGUCUAAAGACUUGACUUCAUGGAUGAAUUGUUUUUUUUUUUCACAUGUGCCAUCUUACCCUAAAACAACAUCUUGUAUAAACUGCCUUUUUCUAUUCAUUAUCCAUGAAAGAACUGCUCAGAAUUGAAACCUACCUCUGGGAAAUGUCUCCUAAUUAGAGCAUAAGCAGAAAGAAUUAAUCUUUUCUCAUGAUAGAGGCUGAUUUCUGUCAGUGAUUCACUUAAUGAUAUUCAGCAGCUUAAUAUAUGCUGAUAUAAUAACGGCUUGGUGCAAAAUUAAAGCCUACAACUCUGGGCACUAAUUUUGGCUUGGCUUGAUUAGCAUAAGCUGCCAUAUGUCCUCUCCAAACACCAGCUUUAAUAUGAAUUGAAAACGUUUUGAGACAAUAAUCUCAGUUAAUGUCAUGCAAAGCAUUUUAGCAGGUUUCGUUCUGGUACCUAUUGCUUCCCUAUUGUUCAUAACAACAAAACUUAUUCAGUAUAUCAAAUUGUAACCCUGAGAGUCUCAUCAGUGAUAACUACAGUCGAAUUUACCCCAGGGAGAGACUAUUUUAGCACUAAAGAUCAAUAUGAACACAUCAAAAAAUGGUAAUACCUUCCUAAAGCCUGAUUUUCUUCCUCAAAAAAACUUCUUGCACUGACAAGCUCAAUAUUACCUUCUCUUAUUAAUUAUUCAUUCAUUGUAUUGCUUCUUUAUUCAGUAGGAGAAGCCAAACUAAACCAUGCUCUCUCAAGCUUGUAUCAACAAAUACAAAGGACUGUUCAAGAAAACUUUUGUAUUUCACAAGAUUAAACCUAAAACAAUAAAACCAGAGCAGAGAUACUAAAUCUCCAUGAAAAGAAAGCUAGAUUCUAUCAGAGGCUAGGUGUUGCUUUCUUAUUUUACACAUGCCACCUGUUCUUCAUUGUUCUUUUCAUAUGCAAAUCACUACAAUUAACCAACCACAUUAACAACCACCUUUAUGUUUGCCCGCAAAGGUCUGAAAGAGUACUGAAUUCAUUAUGGCGACUACGUCAGCCAAAACCACUGAGCCAAUGACUAUUGUGACCUCUAAUUAAUGGCCACAGCAUACAGCAGAGAAAUCCUUUGAUUUCAAAGUCAAAAUUUAUCUUGACUAAUAAGGAAUGCAUACAAAUAUUUUGUAUAAUUAGCAGAUGAAAGGAGGCACAAAGCUUAUCUUUUGAUAGCAUACAGUUUGGUUUGCUCAUUGUGAGUAUGUGUUAUUCCAAUGACGAGUUUUUUUUCUAUUGUCAGGUCAGCCUGAUCUAAGAGCAAUAAAUUUGCACACAGAUGUAUUCCUAAAUUCAAUUACCCAAAAUAGUAAUUCUUACUCAUCCAAUAGACUAACAAUUCUAAGAUUCUUUCAGGUAUUUUAAUCUAAUAAGAAUGAUUUUGUACCAAAUAAUUAACUAUUUCUAUUUACUACAAAAAGAAAAUUCUACUUUUCGACUCAAUUUUUUGAUCAAUGUUAUUGUCUCAGCACUAAUAGUUGAAGCUAAUUUAGUUAUAAAAUGUCGAUCAACACAGCUUUUUUUUCUAACUCAGGAUUGUGCCGAUUAAAUAGCUUCUUUAAAGCACAAAAAUUUCUACUUGUUGUGUUAUGAAUCUGAUUAUAAAAAUUUUAAAAAAGGUGUCCAGCUGGAAAAAAUAAUUUCAUCCUUACUAAUUUUUGUUCAAAUUCAGUCCAUCUUGCAUAAAUAUUAGUUGAGCUGAGAAUUACACUGUAAAUUUAAGAGUAAAAAAAAAAAAAGCAAUAGAGAUUCUUAAUACUUAUCACAGAAACAACUAAUAUGAAUGUCUAGCCAAUUUGACAAUUUGCAAAAUGAGACAAAGGAAACCAAUUUGUAUUGAAACUUUCAACACUGUCCUCCCUAGAUACUGCUUAAUUUCCAAAGGGGAAUUUGGUUCAGUUAUGAAUCAAGGAUUUACUUGUUUACAUUAAUUUUACGUCACAAAAUUAUUUCAAAACUAAUACAUAUUCUUCUCUUUGUUCUUAAAGCUCAACAUUGUUUCUAUAUGUAUUUCUCAACAAUCGUCUUCAAUUUAAAUACAAAGAUCGCAAAAGUUGACUUAGUAGACCAGUGUUUAACAAUAAAUAACUGUAAUUUUUAACUCUAGCGAGGCAUGAUAUUUACAUUGUCAAACAAGACACAAGAGCUGUAAGUACACAAAUUCAAUAAAGUGAUAGGUCAGCAAAACAUAAAUCCCUCCACAUGAAGGUCUUGUAAAUAUAAAAUUCAAAUCAAUUGAUGGCUAAUCAAAUGUCUGUACACAAAAUUGGCGAUAAAUGUUGGGGAAAACAAAUUAUUUGAAAAGUGAUUCAAUUUGGUGAAGAAAAUCCCUACAGAAAUGUAUAUUUCAUUUGUAAACUACAAUUGUUGUUUUGCUUUGUUUUGUCUUUUUUUUUUUUUUUUAAGGAGAAAAAAAUAGUUUUUGAAGUUUACUGUCCAAUGUAUACUGUCUGGCACUCAUUACAAAUCUUAAAUCUGAGCUUUUUAAAAUACUGAUGAUCUCCAAAUUAUUGUAAGCUCAACUGAAACAUCUACUGAGAAUUUUCUAAAAAUAAAACUAAAAAAUUCAUUACGAUGAUAGUCUAUACUACUGUCCCAUUUUCUUACAAUGUUAUGUAACUCAAAAUAUUUCCUCUUUCAACUUUCAUUUUUCAAUUCUUCUUAUCUAUUGAUAAGAGAAGCUUUCAACUCUAUCAAAAUGAAAAAAAAAUCUUCUUUAAAAGGGGUUUGAGAGAUUGUAAUUUCUAAAUAAUUAUUAAAUAAAUAUAGUUAAAAACAUAAAGGUUGAUAAGAAUUUCAGAAAUGAUAAAUGAUUUUUUUCAAAAAGGCAGAUUACAGCUUUCUUUAAUGUAAAAAUACUAUACACUUAGCAUAUGAUGCACAGCAGCCAUGUGGAAUCAAUCAUAUUUGAAAGAUAUGGUUAAGACUUUUAAGUUGAAGAAAAGGUGAACAGAUAAGUUAUCAAGACCAAGUCCUAACCCUGCUGGUGAGGAUCACCUGAAUUACUAUUUUUUUUCCUCAAUGUGUUCCUCAACACACAGGAUAACAAACAAGACCUGACAAAAUUUUAAAUACACUUAACAAAAUGCUGUGUUUAAGUCAUCUGAGCAAGUCUUACCUUGUCUGCACCUUGAUUAUCCCAUUCCUGCACCAGCCUAAUUGUUACACCAUUAGAAUCAUCCAUUGCUUCCAGGUCUCUUUGAACCUCCCGCUGACAGUUAUUGCACAGGACAACAUCUCUGCCAUUAUUUACCAAAAUUCCACUUUUUGGUGGCUGGUGAUGAGAUGGAAACGAUAUCAACUGCUUAUUUACAGCUCCAGAUGAGAGCCUUGACACUUGUUUGCAACACAGAUAACAGUUUAUGGUUGAUACCGAAUACUUUCGUAGCCAUCUGUUGGAUUCCUCAGGAAUGUCUGAACUUUCAUAAGCAUUCCACUGCAUCAUAAGGUUAUGGUAACAAAUCUCACAAGUAACAGCAGUUCCUUCACCAUCUAUAGGUUGAGCAUUGAUAGCAGGUUCUCUAGAUGACAGGAAGGGAAAGAAUGGGCCUCCAUCAUGAACACCCUUACCACUGUGUGGAUAGGAAUACAGCUUAAAAUGAAGUGUUGAGUUAAUACUGAGACCACAAAGAAAACAAACUGCAGAAAUCUCCAGAUCCUCUGUGAUUGCUGGACUUAGUUUUACUGCAUAAGAGCGUUCAUCUUGAGGUUUUUUGCUUUGCUCAAACUCUUCCCACUCUGACCUCAGUUGUUUGUAGCAUUUCUUGCAAAGAAAUGUCCGACCCUCUGCAUCCAGGGGUCUGCUAUCUUUUGGAGGUGUCAAUGAUGCUAUGAAUGGAAAGUAGAAGUUGUCUUUGAGGGGAUUGGUGUUUGGUUUAGUGUGAACAGGCCGCAAGUCAGAUUCAGAACAAUACUGACCACAAGUGUAGCAAGCAAUCUUAGCCAUUGUCUCGGUCUCUUCUGGUGUACCUCCAGCUGACUGAACCAUGACCUCAUUACGAAUUCUAUAUUCCCUUUUGUCUUCACAAAUCCCAGCAGCUUCAAAAUGUUUCCACUGUCUAUGGAGUGAUUUACGACAGCCGCUGCAAGCCCUUGUCAACCCUUGUUUUGUUAAUGGCAUGGCUCCCUCUGGAGUGGGCAGAUUGUUAAGAAAUGGAUAAUAGGGGUGUCCUGGUGUAUGCUUUCGUGAAUACAGAAAUCUUCCUGAUGUUGCAGGCUGUGUGACUCCACAGACAAAACAAACCAUGGUUGACAGCUGAGACUGCUGCUCCCUAGGAAGGGAGGGGUCAGAUCUUAAUUGGUACUGUCUCUCACUCAAUGGAGUGGAAUUCUUCUGAAAGACUUGCCAUUGACGAAAUAAAAACUUUUGACAAGCUUCACAGACAAGAACUUUACCCAGGUAGUCCAUUUGCUUUGCGAUUGCGGGAGGAACAUGUCGUGCAAGACAUGGAUAAAACGGUGUCUCGGUUUUAAGCUGCGGUCUUGUGUGUACACUUCUCAUGAAUUCUUUCGGCUUUCUCCUACUACAGAUGUAACAAGUUUCAAGGCCAACAGAACGACGAGGAAAAGCAUUUAGCGGUGAAUUCUCCACCAAAGGACCAGCUGAAUCUUCGGAAACCGGAUUAACGUUUUCCACGUCUGAAGUGGUGGCAAGAAAAUUCCCUUCCGCCGGUUCACUAUGAACAGCCGGAUACAACUCUGAACUAUCGUUAUCAAAUAAAUUCUCUCCUGCCACUGUGAUGUUGCUAUUGCCAGCUAUUGUUUCUUCGCCUCUCACUAGGUUGUUCUCAACAGGGCUUUGAGGUCUCUCUCCGCUUGAAUCAGGACCUGACCUUUUCAGCCAGUAAAUUCGCUUUGCAACUGGAGUGGCGCUCUCUUCGAAAGCAUGCCAUUGUUGAGUGAGAAAGGAAAAACACACCGUACAGGAGUCGACCUGUCCGCUUGUUUUAUCGACCGGUCGAGCACCAUCGGCAGGCACAUGAUACUCCAAGAACGGGAAAAACGGCAUCUUCUCGGAAUUUCGAGAUCUACAGUAAAGAGGCCAGUUUGCAUUAAACGCUCCACAAAUAAAGCAUAUCAAUCCACUGCCACUCGAACUUAAGCUUGGCGCCGAAUCGGUAGUCCUUUGAUCUUUUACCCCGUUUAAUUUAACCAUUGCGAUCAAAUCAACGUACUGUAGCGCCACAGAAAAACCAAGGACCCUGCAGGAGUUUCAGCACAUCCUGAAGCCUAAUCAGCGCGAACACCGGGGUUCGAUUGAGGAAAAUGCGAUUUUUGAGCAAAAAGUAGUCUCUGCUUUGUGCAUGUUGUUGAUGUUACCCACUAUGCUUUGCCGACUUGUCCACCUGGUUCAGCUGAUACAGGCAGGACACGCUACUCAAGGACAUCUUCUCAAGGAAGGAAGAAGAAUUUCCUACACACCAAUGGGCUUCCAAAACAAGUCCCAGGCAAAAAUUGGCGCGUACUGUAAGGAGUUAGCGUAAAGUACUAGCCACUGAUAAUCGAAUCAAAAUUUUGCUAUAUUUUUCUGAAUUGUAAUACGUGUCGCUUUCAAAGCGUGUUAUCUCCUUUGUUUGGCGCCAAAAAGAUGAUCACGUACGUGUUAUACUGAUCGGUCUAGGGUCACAGGUCUAUUUAAAAAACAAAGGUGACCAAUUUAGAAUGUUAACAAUAGAAAAGCUUUUAACCUCACCUAGCCAGGGAAGGUUACUGAGAGUCCCGCAUUGUCAAAAUAUUUGUUAUGGAAAAAAACCGGACUGAUACAUGAACGGAUUGUUUUAAAAUUGUUUUCUUUUCUGUACAAUUGUGUCUUAUGAACAGUUUAGCACUUCAAAUGCUUGCUUAAAUGUUAUGACGGAGAACCACUUUAAAGUUGUAAGCAUUUCGUCUGAACAAUUGCAUUUCAUUAGGGCUCGAAAUGUUCAGUUCCAUUGAUAUGUGCACGUGCUUGACUCUUCCCGGAAGUGGUUAACGAUUGAACGAUGAGCUAUGCUCUGAGCUGCAGAUCGAGCCGUUUCUGGUUCGAAACGGAAACGUUUUCAUAUAAUUUGCACAACUAUCUGUACAUUUAGCUUGUCUUCAAAAUGAUUUUCGCUUUGACUUUUCGUUAUAAUCGGUUAGCCGGUCGGAAAAACUCGAUUCUUCCCAUGAAUUGUUUGAUCCGAUGAGUCUUAAUUAGAUCCUUGAGAGACACGUGUUACUUAACUAACUAUAGAAUAUGAUAAUUUUCGAUUAGGAGAAGUCAAGAGCUUCUAAGGAGGAACAUAAAAAAUGAAAGAGAACAAUUACCACCACCAUUUUGAACGUAUAAUCGUUCAACCAAAGGAGGGGGAGGCACUUCCGGUUUCUGAGAGAUAAACCUAUCAACUGGAAAGCUCUUGUUUCACAUGAGACUGGAAAAGAUCUUUAGAGACUUUUCUCAGCAACAAGGAAGGAACUAUUACAGACUCUUGACUCAACAUCCCAGUUGCCAUUCUCGUCACAAAAAAUGUUACGUGAAUGCUUUGGUAUCUUGUGAAGCUGGAUUUUUUUGGGUCUAUACCAGCUCAGUUGUAAUUUCUAAUCGUAAGAGAAUACAUGCCAUUCCUGAUUCAUUAUCUCUUUGCACGAAAAACUGUACGCUUCAGAGUGGAAAAAUAACCCAUGUAAGGGAAAAAACGCUACAUGCUAAGCAGAGCGAAGUGAAAAAAAUGUUUACAGUUUCAUCCUCUUUCCUACGCUUUUCUCCCGGCCCGUGUGUUCAUUCCCUGAAAACCUUCUGCGUUUUGUUGUGGGGUUUUCAUUUCCACUAGGACAACUUUCGAAAGUAACCACAAACUUAUUUCCUUUGUUUUCCACAGUAAUGAGGUUGGGGGUUGAGAGAGUGCGUAGCAGCUCAGCGGUAUUCGCUAGUUUUGGUAUGCUCGAUUGUAGCUCUCAAGGCCUUCCAGAAGUUUGAUACUUUUUUCGGGCAUUAGUUCCACGUUGUUCUCGAUUAAAGUCUUCAGAGGGGUGAAAUUGUAGAGAAAAGUAUGACUUCCAGCGUAGAAAAUGAUCCAGAUGCUUUGAAGAUUUGCCCAUAUGACCCGGUCCACAAAGUGAAGGCAAAGAGAUUUCCUUAUCAUUUGGAGAAAUGUCGAAAGGUAAGGAAAAGUAACAUCACUGAAUUUUUAGCUUUAACCCUUUUGCUGGCAGGUUCCUGGGGACUUCUUGUUUUUGUAUGACGUAAGCCGACAAAUCAGGCCACAGCUCAUCACAUUUUAGUUUAACCCCAAUAAACUAUAUAUAAUUUUAAUGAGCAGAAAAUUUACAAUCAUUUCAAGACUAUUUUGUUAGAUAUGGGUCCUUGUGCACAGAAUUUGGGGCAAGAAAGGCCGAGCAUAACAAAAUGUUCCAAGUGUUAUUUGUUUUUCCUGCCCUUUUAAGACAAGACAAGUACAUGCUUGUGAGCAUUACUUUAUAUCAUGCAAAAGCAGAUUAUUUCAGAAACCAAACACUUUUUAUUCUGUCCAAUUAUCUUUAUUGCAACCAAAGUUAUGCCUUCUGUUGUAAGUCAAGGUUUGGCUUGGCAAUUUCCAAAAUUUAGAGGGUAUGUGAUAUAGCACAACUAUAUUUGAGCAACAGCUUGCUAGCGUCACUUGAAAUCAACCAAAUUACUGACCAUUGAUGGCACAAAGAACUAUAAAUAGACAAUAGGGUAAAAAUGGUUCUGUUCUUAUAAAAAAUUACAAUCCAUAGCAAACUUCAGAGUUGUCAGAAUCUGAAGAAAUACAGUGUACCAUCCUCUUCAACGAAUUCUUCACUGCUCAAUUCACUCUUGUGGUGGUCGAAAUCUCCUAUUCGUUUUCAUCAGAAAUACUUGACAAAACCUCAUUAGGUUCGUCCUCUUACACAGUCCACAGUGUCUCUUCAACUGGAAUCCAUGCAAACGUCAUAUUUAAAAGGAUAGUAUUGCAUGUGCGAUUUUUUUUUGGCCAAAAACAGUUCACAUUUGGAUGAAAACAGUGAGAAAUACGGCUACGAAUUAAGAAACGUGACUUGACAAACCAUAAUAAUCUUUACGAAAUCAAAACAACACUAUGUGAGGGUCCCCUGAGAUUUUUAACAUGGAUAGGGUCAGAGCGUACGAAUUCGUAUGUUUGCCAGCUAAAGGGUUAAAUUGAGCGUAAACAUAGGCAAUCUAGAUCGAACACUCAGUUUUUUUCUAAGGUUUAAUUUUGUUAUGCCUACUGUGCAUGCAUUGUGAAGCAUUUCUGCAUAACCCCAUUCUCAUUACAAAGCCUUAGUAAAAGGUUAUUUUUUUGCCAUUGUUGUCUUAUAAAAAAAAAUCUGGAUGCACAUUAUGAAGUAUGGGUAAUACAGAAAUUUUUCAGAGUAUUGUUGUAAUUUUCCUCAUUCUUCAAAGCAUGCUGAUAGGCAAGGUAUGAUGUCACUGGCACCUUAUUUUAUAGUUUUUUAGUGUCUUUUUAAAGUUGUCUAGCGAUUGUUUUUCUGCUUAGGGUUGCAUUGUUCUGACAUUCUCACAUUAUAUAACAAGUUAAUUCUCAAAGAAAAAUUGUGCACAUUAUGACCUUGAUCAAAAACCUGAUGCACAGUAGUGUAAGUGAUAAGACAAAAAUGAUAAUAAAGUAUCUUUGUUGAAAAUUCAACAGCAAUAUGCAAGUGCAGGAUGGACACAGUGCCCCUUUUUUGCUCGACAUGAAAUUCGUGUUGAGGAGUUAGAAUAUCACAUUUCCAUUUGUGAAUACAAGGUAUGAUGAUAGACUUUUCUGUUCAGGUGAUUACUGAAAAAAAUUUCUACAGAGCCCCAUACUAUUGUAAAACAAAUCUGUUUUCUCAAUGGCCGUGUAUUGUUUUUGUCAUUGUUUUGUCUAUCCAAGAACUGAAUGCAUAAUGUGGUAUAGGGUUGUGUGGAAAUUUUACCAUUUCUUUCAUCAAAAGGCAGUGUAGUGUUAUUUUUCUGAUCUGUAACCUGAACAGAACAAAAUGUAGGUGUGAGAGGUAUCUUAUAUCUCCCUUCAGUAUCACUGUUGAGUCACACACAAAAUUCAUAAGAAUUAAGGAAAUUAUCAUUAACACAGAAGCUCUUCAACAUAAAAAAAAUUAUCUGUUCAGCAAGAAAUGUAUAGGGGACAGUAUGGAGAAAAGACAUACUGAUGUUGUAAUGUACAAGCAAUGGAUUUGUGUUGAUGAACAUGGGAAUAGACCAGAAACAGCUCCACAUCUGAAUAAAUAGCCAGUGCUGUUGAAUAAGGCCAGAAAUUUUGCAUAGUAGCAGAAUGAUUUCCCAAUCUCUGAGGCUGGAUCAACACUGAUAUAUAAUACUAUUUAACUGUAUUGAAAGAGUUUUUUAUACUUUUCUUGAUAUUUAUUUAUUCAGUUGGAUAAGAAGUCUGUAAAAGAAUAGUAUGAUCUCUCUGUUUUGACAAGAUGGCUCUCACAGUAAAAAGAACUAUUAUUGAUGUAAAAUUGUUUUGGUAAAUGCUAUUUUAGGACAUGAUCAGACAAGACAUUGAGGAAGGUGGGUUCAGAGGACUCCCUUGUUUAUGAUUUUUCAAAGGCUUGGUUGUUUGUAAUCCAGCAUACCUAUGCAAUUUUUAAGAAUGUUUUAAAAAUAAAAAACUAAUUUUAUUUCUUAACCAGUGAAUUAUUGAAGCAACGAAUGCCACAAAGAAAAAUGGACAUUUUCUGUGAGCCUUUUAGUCUGUCACAAGCAUGCUUAUCCUUAGUUGAUCUACAGGUAUAUUUUAUAUUACAGUUUACCUUCAGUCAAUAGUGGAGGAGAAGAGAUUACAACAACCACAGCCAACCCAAGCAGUAUUACCUGAUGAAACUGAGGAUUGGGAAAUAGGUAUGUUUUGUUAGAGCUUCAAUUUUAGACUACAGUCUGGAGCUUUGCUGUCAAUUACUCAAUUGAAUGUCUUGCUUUCUGCAACCAAUUAAGUGUCACAGAUCUAUUAUACCUUAGUAGUAGAGAAUUCAAAGCUCCAAUUCUUUCAGCAUGAAAUUAGAAUCUCUUUUUUUAAGUACAUGUAUGCUUGUGUCAGUUACAGGGAAAACAUCCUUGCUCUUGAUUAUUAGACUUGCAUUAGAUGAUCUUCAUUUCCAUCUAGUGAUAACUGCGUUUGAAAAAAGUGAGUAAGUUGUAUUGUAGGAUAGGUUCUGCAAGAUAGCAGCAUAAGAGGGGAGCAUAAGUUUCCAUGUAAGCUGUACAAUGGUGGAAUCUAUCUUACAUUGCCUUCGUCUGUUUGAAGGAUUAUUCUGUCAGACGUGUGACAAAUCAUCAUCAAGUUAUCUCACUGACUUUAUUUUGUCUAAAGUGACAUUUUAGUCUUAGUAGUGUUAAUUUCAUGUGGGGAAUGUGCUGAAUAAAGUUCUUGAAUCUCAUUGGCUGACAUAGAGUGUGCUAACUGCUUUGCUUUCAUGUACGUGUCCUUUGACCCAUCCUUAAAAUUUGUUUGAAUGUUAAAAAAAUAAAUGGAAAUUUUAUUUUGACUAAUAUUGUCUUAUGUAUGUUAAUCAUCUUAUGUGAACAUUUAAAAAAACAAUUUGUAUGCAUGAUUUUUCAACAGACUUAUUUUAUUUCACUCAAAACUCAUAAUUUUAUCUCUACAAAUUUCUUAUUUUGAAAGAGUGGUGUAAUGAUUAGUCAUGCAGGCUGUAGAAGAAAGAGAAAUGAAAUUCACUUCUACCUUGUUUUGUUGAUUUCAGAGGCUGAUAGGCAACCAUUUUCAAUCCUUGCUCCUGAGCCACAAGCUGACUCUACUGAUGGAUAUGACGUUUUGCAGGUGAUUCAAGUUGUACAAGCCCAGGCUCAUGCUAAACCUAAACUUAUGGAGACCUCAGGGUAAGAGAAUUAAAUGAAAUUUUUAUAAACCAGCUCAGCUUCUCCAACUAUCAUUUGAGAAAACAGAUAAGAAAAACUGGUUGGGGAUUCACUAAAAAGGAAGAAAUUGGAGUGCCCCUUAGGCAGUGUGUGAAGUAACAUACUCUGGUAUGCAUUGCAGUUGAAUAACUUUCAUUUGCAGUUAACAUCAGAAACUAACAUGCCAUAGAGUCAAACCAUUUUCCACCAGAAGGAGGUUAUUUUCUUACAAGUAGUAGUUUUAUAAAGUCCUGAAAUGUUUUGCUAUUUUUAAUGCAGUAUGAUAUGCUACCCAUUGUUGUGAAGAGUUAAAUUUUGGUACCUUGCCUUGUGUAUUUCAGUGAGAAAUUAGGUAUGAAUGAUUGAACUUAGAGAAAUUGAAGGGGCCCCUGAAAAAAGCCCCAAGCGACAUCAGAUGGAUUGCUGGAUUCUCCUUACAAGUUUUCUCAAAUUUAACUGUGAUAGAUAGGGAGAAGUUGCUUCAAAAGUAACAUGGGGCUUUAUUCAAUGCACCUUUUCCACCUGUUACUGAAAUGAAAUGGGAGAUUGGUGAGGAGUAUGAAUGAUUGUCUUCUAAUUAUCUUUUAACACAUCACUGCAGCAUGACAGCCGCACAGAAGAAAAACUUUAAAAGAGCACAGAAAAGACAUGAACGACGAGAAGCUGAAAGGUGCAUAAAUAACAUAGAUUGAAUGAAACUUUUGUAGGUAUUUCUUGUAACAGUGAGUGGUAAAAGUUAUAUCUUCAAGGACUGAAACUAUAGUAAAAACUGUCUUUUGGCUCUUUGUUUCUCCAACUGGGAGCCAUUUUGUGGCUCUGUUACAAUCUUGGUAAGUCUUAAAUAGAGUUAAAUGACAAAAUAGAAUUACUAAUAACUUCUUAAAGGGUUAGAUUUGAGCUUUAAAGCAUUCUACUUUUUACCAGUAUAAUAAGCUGUAUAUUUUGAAAAAUUGAAUUUUUGUUCAUUUAUUUUUUCACUGUUUACAUCCUGAAAUAGUAGAAUAGUCAACACCCAACUUGCCAAGUGUCCAAUAGGCUGAUUUUUAAGUCGAGUAUUUCUUCAAAAUAUAUCAUAUAACUCACAACUUCUAAGUUGCUCAGGUCAUGAAAACUAGACAUUUAGUCAACCCUUUUAACUCCCAAAAUCUGAUUGUUGAUUCUCCCCUCUUGCUGCUACACAUUUCCUAUUAAAUUGGUCAUAGGAAUUUGGUGUUAGAUCAAGAUAACAACUUCUACCUGAUAAGUUUGAGUAUUCUCAUUACCUGUUUACAAAAUUCUGCAUGAAUAUAAUAGAUAGAAGUUACAUGUUAAUAAACUCUGGGGGUUAUAGGGUUAACUUUCUUUAGGUAGCUUUUUCUGUGGAAUGGGUUUUCAAACAUGCUAUAUGAUAUCUUUUUUUAGGGUCAAUCAAGAACCUGAAAUGACAAAUGAAGAGAGGGUACAGGCCUUAGCAAAACAGUACAGUUUACUUAGCACUUCAGGUGAGCCUGCUGUUUGGGAAAGUGAAGACUUGAAGUUGGCAACUUAUGUCUAAGAUGAGCUUUACAAAGUAAGUUCUUCCUUCUGUGUUUCUUAUUUUUUCCAGGUAGUUUCAUUGACUUCGUCAGUAUCCUGAAUCUAUACUGUCAAAAAAACAAAAUCAAUCUACCCAAAUACAGUGAAGCACCUGGAGUUGAUGGAGGCUUUGGGGCACAAUGUUUUGUGAAGGGUCAGAUAUUUAAAUCCAUGAAGUACUGUUCAACUAAGAAAGAAGCACGUCAUGAUGCUGCCAUGCAUGCUGUGCUGGGUCUCAACAUUCCUGUGGGUAAGAGACCUUGGUCAAUGUCUUGUGUAGCUUCUGCUUUAAAGUUUCAUCAUAAUGUCAUUUUGGAUUGUGCUGCCUUAAUUUUUCAAAUAAAGGUAAAAGAGGCCAUGUAUGGUAAAUGGGAAAAUCAGUUCUGAACCAACAGUUGAAACACUUAAAUUUGUGUCUUUAUUGUUAACUUAGAUUUUUGUCAGAAGAUAAAGGGAGUAAGUUUUUAAAGAAACUGUAUUGCAGUGUCAGGGAAGAGUAUAAGAGGGUAAUUUAGUGUUAUCAACUGAGUUGGAAAUGUAAAUUGGCCACCACCAUAAAGAGUUUAAAGGCUGACAUUUCAAGUGUUAGCUAAUGCUUGAAACACUCAAAACGUCAGCCUUUAAAAUCUUUACGGGGGCCAAUUUAAUUUUUCAUCUCUUGAUAACACUAAAUUACUUUUUAUUUGUAUUUUUGGUUUUUUAGUAGGUUACUCUAAAAUAAUGCUAUUGCCUUCUUGUGUCAAGUUAAAUUUAAGUUGUACCUCAAGCAUUGGCAACUAAAGGUGACACGAGUAAUGAAGAAAAACUGUUGUGCACAAUGAGUAGUUGAACAAACUUCUAAUAAUUUUGUGUCAAAUGAAAAGUGUUGGAUACAAUAACAUGUUUUGGGUCUAAUUGCAUGUCAUGAAUAAAUUUUGAUUACCCCAUAAUGGUUUAAUUUUGUUAUGAUCAUGACAAUGGCAAUAUGUCUAUCAUCUUCAAUUUUGUCACUUCGUGAUUCUUAAAAAAGAACAAAAUAAUGCACAGAUGGUAUCAAAAAGAACUGUAACCCUUGGUUAUGGAAAUAUUAUGGGUUGAAUGAUUGCUUUUCAACUAUAUUUGGGUCAAUAACUUGAAAUGUGGAUUACAAGAAUUUGGGCUCUAACUGCAUAACUGCUUGGUGGUUUUCUGAUAGCUGCAAUCAUUUUUCUGAUACGGAUAAAUUUAAAUAUUGAUUAUUUCACAUUGAAAGCCACUUUCUAUUAACUUUUUAACCAGUUGACCCAACACCCAACAAACCGAUGGCUGUAAGAAGUGCCACUGACCAUCAGAAGCUCAGAGAAACUCAUGAGUUACAGCUUCUAAAAGAGGCAGGGCAGUCACCACCCAAAGGGAGGGGCAGACCAACUGUGCAGCAGUCUGUGCAUUCCUUUUCCACCCAAGCUACUGGUCCACCAAUGUCACAGCAACCACCACAGAAUAUGGCAGCUAAUAGGUUUACUGAGGUAACACAAUUGCGGUUGCCAGUUGUUUGGAAAGGAGUUCCCAUACUAGCUUCUUACUACCAUUUUGCGACAUGCCAUGAUGUUUUACAACUUUUGUGACAGUCAUUGAUAUAAUAAUUAUUAAUUAUUUAUCUUUCUUCAUUUUACAAGUGAGUGGAAUAUAUAUAAAUUAUGUUUCAAAAAACCUGGGCUAAAAAUGGCCUAGCUUACCAAUGCAUUCUAUGCCCCUCAGUUAAUUGUGUCAGGCUGCUCAAUAUGAAUGUCUAAGGUUCUAUUUUUUCAUAGGGAACUCCUUUUUUUGGUUUUGUUUUUUGUUUGUUUUUUGUUUUUUGUUUUGUUUUUUUUUGCUUUUCUCAUGUCUGUGACAAAAAGGUAACUUCCUUAAGUAAAAAACCAGUAUUGCAUCAUUUCCUCAGUUAUUGCUUCUUGGUCACUCAUAAGACCUCUUGCUGUUAUGAAAAUAAUAAUUUGGAAAUUUUUAGGUUACUGGGCUAACAGAAGGAACAGAAAAUGAUAAUUGGACAACCAUAGGUGGGAAAGGUAGGUCAACUCUUGGACCUCUAAGAGUGAUUAGCAUCUAAUUUCUCCAUACAAUAUCACCCCUGAAUCACACAUUAAGGUAACAAGAAUGAAGGAAAUGAUCACCUGGUAAAGAAACUCUUGAUUGUUAAACAAAUCCUCCUCAUCAUCACCUUAGAUAAUAUGUGAUAACAGUCUGGAGAAUAUACAUACUGAUGUUAGGGUGUAAAGGGUUAACACAGUUACUCUUUUGUUGAUAGAUUAAUAGACAUCGGAAAAUUUACUUAACAAAAAUAGCCAGUGAGAGAAGGCCAUCAUUAACAAUAAGAAAUCAGCAAGCUUCAAGGUUGGAAUUGGAUCACACAGCUUAGGCUUGGCCCAGGUUUUGGAAUAUGUAGUGACUGUUUCUCAUCAGAUCUACUCUCCCCAUGAGAGAAUGCAGCCAAGUUACCUGGAAAGUUUACCACUCCUCGUUUUACUCCAGGGGCUUAUAGUUCAGACAUGAGUGAGCUGUUAUCCUGGAAUAAGAGACAAGUGAAAACUUAAUUCUUCAUUUUGUCUUUAUUCAGGAAUUGUCAUUGAUCUACUGAACUUCGAAUGACUUUUACUCUUUAUGGUUUUGUUUAUUUUUUUCAUUCAUCUGUUUAUGGCAGGGUUGAAGAAUCCAGUCUAUCAGCACUCCCUUAAAAUGGCAGGGCGUGGAAGGGGUAUGUCAAGGCGGUGACAAAUAUCAACUAUGGCAUCUCAUUGGCAGAGACUGAAAUCCUGACCAACGGAUUCUUCUGUGUCCUCCCUUCAAUAACUGUUGUUUUCGACUAGGGAGUAAGGUUGUAGUUCCUUGAUCUGUCAUGCAUUAUUCCCACAAUUCUCUUAAGGUGGGUGUGCUAGACCUUUGUUCCACUAGAAAGAUUGAGAGAUUCCCCAGCGAUAAGUUAGGGCAAGCUGUGUUAAAAGCCCUUCUGUUGUGUUAUUUAAAUAAGAUAGUUGCCAAUAAGUACUGAAGUUGGUAAUCUCUGAGGCAUAUAAGGUUAGAACAGUUUUUAGCAUUUUUUUCUCGAGUAUGGAAAAUUUUUGAUUUUAGGGUAUAUAAAGAUUUGACAAUGAUAAUUUUUAAGCAUUAAGUAAUGGGACAAAGGGCAAAAUUUGUUUUCUGUUUAAACAAAAGAAAGAAAACUAAUUUUUAAGGGGGAAAAUCUUUUUAUGUCAGAUAUGUAAGAAAGCAGGACUGAAGGUCUACAGGUUUUUCCAAAAGUAAUUUGAAAAGAGUUUAAUCAUAGAAUAGUCCAGUUCAAUUCAGAAAAUUGUCCAAAUGCCCAUAUUCAUAAAUACUGAUAUGCCAACAGCUUGGGGGUCAUUUAGUUUCAUUCAGAUCAAUUUAUGAAAUAAUUUCAGUUUAAUUUUAUACUUAUUGAGUUUGAGUAUUGAUAAACAAUGAGAGUAUCCUUUAUUUAGUAUUUUAGCAAUUGAACAAAUAACCGCAGUG